UAUCUUCACGCACAUCCUCCUCCACCACCUUUAUAAUCACCUUCACGCUUCUCUUCUUCUCCCUCACCAUCCCCCAAAAGCUUAUCUACUUUUUCCAUCUCUCUCUCUCUCACACACACACACACACAGUCCCCACACACAACACACACAGAGAGAGAGAGAGAGAGAUGGACAAGAUGAAGGAACCAACCAGCGUCUCCUCUUUCUCUACUUCUACUGCUUACUUUCGAGCGCUCAGAGACACACCUCGGCGACUUGCUCAACGAGCAACGUCGGUGACGACUACACAUGAAGAGAUGAGCCGAGUUCGAGCUCGGUCUGGUUCUGACAUGGCGAGAACACUUCGCUGGCCUGACCUUAUCGGUUUUGGCCUCGGUGGCAUGGUUGGUGCUGGCGUCUUUGUCUCCACUGGACGCGCUGCUCGUCUCUACGCUGGCCCUGCUGUUAUUGUCUCUUACGUCAUUGCUGGCCUUUGCGCCCUUCUUUCUGCUUUCUGUUACACUGAGUUCGCCGUUGAUAUGCCCGUCGCCGGCGGUGCUUUUAGUUACCUUCGUGUCACUUUCGGGGAAUUUGCGGCGUUUCUCACCGGAGCGAACUUGGUAAUGGAGUACGUGUUCUCCAACGCCGCCGUUGCUCGGAGCUUCACCGCUUACUUAGGAACCGCCAUUGGAGUCGCCACCACCGAGAAAUGGAGAAUCACCGUCGCCGGCUUGCCGGAAGGUUUCAACCACAUCGACCUCCUCGCCCUCGCCGUCGUUCUCCUCAUCUCUCUCUGCAUUUGCCACAGGUCCAAAUCCAAUCCAAUCCAUAUAAAAAUUCAAUCUUUAUUCGAUUCCUCCCAAAAAGAUUUCAUUCCCUUCCAUUUGACUCCCAAAAAGUUCAUCUUUUUUUUUACUUUUAAACUAAAUCUCAGCACAAAAGAGAGCUCGGUGCUGAACAUGAUCCUCACCGGAAUCCAUCUCGCUUUCAUCUUUUUCAUAAUAAUCAUGGGAUUCUGGCGAGGUUCCUUCAAGAACUUCACUCACCCUGCCGAUCCAGCCAAGAACAACGGCGGCUUCUUCCCUUACGGCAUCUCCGGCGUGUUCGUCGGCGCUUCCAUGGUGUACCUGAGCUACAUUGGAUACGACGCCGUAUCAACCAUGGCCGAGGAGGUGAAAAACCCCGCCCGUGAUAUACCCAUCGGCGUCUCCGGCUCCGUCGCCGUCGUCUCCCUUCUCUACUGUCUCAUGGCCGCCUCCAUGUCCAUGAUCGUCCCUUACGACGCUAUGGACACGGAGGCGCCAUUCUCCGCCGCGUUCAGUGGAUCCGACGGCUGGGGUUGGGUCUCGAGGGUGAUCGGUGUGGGGGCCAGUUUUGGCAUUCUGACGUCAUUAUUAGUCUCCAUGUUGGGCCAGGCCCGUUAUCUCUGUGUCAUAGCCCGGUCCAAUGUUGUCCCUGUCUGGUUAGCCCGGGUCAACCCAUCCACAUCCACCCCGGUCAACGCCUCUGCAUUUCUCGGAGUGUUCACAGCCAGCAUUGCUUUGUUCACUGACCUGAAUGUGUUACUGAACCUGGUGUGCAUUGGCACGUUGUUUGUGUUCUACAUGGUUGCCAAUGCUGUGAUUUACCGGCGAUACGUCGUCAUUGGAUCGACAAAUCCGGUGCCGACGAUUACAUUUCUCGUCUGCUUUUCGACGAUUUCAGUAAUAUUCACUCUGAUCUGGCAAUUUAGUGCAGCAGGAAGAACAAAAGCAGUGCUUCUUGGAGGGUGCAUUGUGGCUGCCAUUGUUGUCAUGCAAGCAUUUCAUUUGCUGGUGCCUCAGGCCAGAAAGCCUGAGUUCUGGGGAGUGCCAUUUAUGCCAUGGAUACCAUCAGGAUCCAUUGCUCUCAAUGUGUUUCUUUUAGGCUCUCUUGACAGACAAUCUUAUGUUCGAUUUGGGUUCUUUUCGGCCCUCGCUGUUCUUGUUUAUGUCCUCUACAGUGUGCAUGCUAGCUUUGAUGCAGAGGAAAAUGGUCAUCAUCUUAAUACAAGCCAAUUUGAUGAUACAAAUGAUGCUGGCUCUCUCAAGGUGUAAAAUUUUUUUCUUUUUGUUCUCUUCCUAUUGAUUGAGAGUCUAAGAAAUGCUAACUGGCAAAAGUGUCAAUGUAACAGUAAAAAAAGGUGAUAUGUAUAUAUACAAUGUUUAACAUGUAGUUUGGUUUGUUA